UCAACCUGUUCAAUUUACAAUUUCAUUCCAAUUUUCAUAUUAUUCUAUUCGCAUUCCAUUCCAUCAGUAUUCUGUAUUCAUAGCAUUGUCGUGUACAUUUUUAUUGUAAUUUGUAUAAAAAAAAAAUCAUAAUGUUAUCAAUUUGCCGCAUAAAUUGAAUCGAGACGCUCGUUGUCCGAGACGAAAAUCAAUCGCUGUUUAAGUGUUUUGUGACAAUAAAAUGUCUUUUGUUAACAUCAAAAAGCAAUAUAUAGCAAUUGGGAUGUUGCUUUUCGUCGUGCUGUUUUUCUUCAACAGUAAACCUGCAUUCCAAUGUCAAAUAACUCCUGAAGUUACCACAUAUCUUCCAACAAUAUAUGGUAUUACACCAACGUAUGCAAGGCUAGCCCAGAAAGCUGAUCUCACUAGGUUAUCACAGACUUUGAUGCUUGUGAAGAAUUUUCAUUGGAUUGUUAUUGAGGAUUCAGAAAAGAAGACAAAAUUAGUUGAGAACUUUCUCAAGGAAUCCACACUCAAAUAUACACAUCUCAAUGUGAAAACAAAUAGUUCAAAACAUUCCACAGUAAUGGAUAUCAAUAUUUGUCUCUUUAAGACGGACACAUUCAACACUAGUUGGUAUUGUGCAAGCGGCGUGGAACAACGGAAUUUGGCACUAGAUUGGCUCAGGAAACAUUUAAAACAGUCUGAAGAUAAAAGGGGUGUUGUCUACUUCAUGGAUGAUGAUAACACUUAUUCAUUGAAGGUUUUUGAUGAGAUGAGAAAAAUCAACAAAGUGGGUGUAUGGCCAGUUGGUAUAGUGGGUGGUAUGCGAGUCGAGAUGCCUCUAGUUAAGGAUGGUAAGGUGUCCGGAUAUAACGCCGUUUGGAAGCCAUUCAGACCAUUCCCAAUAGACAUGGCCGGUUUCGCCAUAAAUGCCACUCUCUUCCUGGAACAUCCAAAUGCUAUGUUUUCCAGAAAAGUGCAGUCUGGAUUUCAGGAAAGUGAGAUUCUCAAAUACUUCACAAAAACUGAAGACUUGGAGCCGCUCGCCGAAAACUGCACGAAAGUCUUGGUAUGGCACACGCGUACACAAAAACCUUCCAUCAUCAGCCCGAGUAAGCUGAAACAUCCAAUACCUCCCGACAGUCAUAUUGAAGUGUGAAUUUAAUUUGGUCGAGUUAUUUGGUCUAUAAUAAUAGGAGGCAUCGCCCAGACAUCAUAGGGCAAUGUUACCUCAACGUACGUAACCUAAAAUCGCAUCUCAAAAUACUUGAGAUAGUCGACACUAUUCGACUAACUUACUUAUCGAUCGAUAUAAGUGAAUAAUAAUCGAAUAUAUUAUACAAGCAAGACAGGGUUACGAUACUAGUGUUUGACACACUUUUGUAAUAGUUAAAUAUCUAUUUAAGAAAGGUAUUAAUGCGACUUAAAUAUAUAUGUUAGGUUGUAAGUAGUCCAGUGAAAAAAGGUUUAGAAAUAUAAUUUAAUAUGGCGAUUAAUAGCAAAGUAUCAUGAAACGUAUUGUGGAAAUAAAAUAUUCAAAGGUCACAUGAAUUUGCUCAUAAUAGUUUUAUUAUUUAUAAUUCUAUAUAAACUUAAUAAUAAAAUUAGAGUGUCAUGAUAAGAUGAAAUUUGAUUUCACAAUGCAGCCAUAGAAAAAUGUAUCGUUAACUAUUAAGAAACUUAGUAAAGAUAUUGUUUUGUAAUAUUAAUGUUAUAGAUUUGAAAAAUUCAUGGAAGUGACAACUGCAGUAAUCUUAGUAUUUUUCCUUUGUUUUAAAAUUUAAAAUACAUAGCAGAAUUCUGUUUGAAUAUUUCUGAACUGCCUUAAAUUUACUACUGUAUUGUAUUAUUAAAAUUUUUAAUUUAAAUAUUUCGGCCAUUGUCUUUUGUCAGAACUUGUACUGUUUCAUGAAUACGUACUAUAGCUGAAUGUAGGAUUUUUAUUACUUAUACUAUUUUUCCAUUCCUGUAUCACAAAUGUAAGUUCUAGAAUAAUUUGUUCCAUUAACUUCAGUAUUACUAAUCAAAUAUGAUACAAUUGUAAAUUAAUUUUGUAAGUUGAGUUUAUAAAAAAACUAGAAUAGAACAAUUAAAGUCAGCAGCGAACAAAUGUAACAAUCUUCAGAUUAUAUAUAUACUAGUCUCUCAUGGAACAUAAUACCUAAUUAUAAAUUGUUUUAUUUAUUGAAUGUGUUAUUAGAAUGCAAUUAUUAGCAAUCAUACACGUAAGUAGUGAAAUAAUUAGUAAAUUAUGUUUUAUUAAAUUUUAUACAUUCAUAUGUUUAUAGUUUAUGUUCUUAGAUUAUAUAGAUAGAGUGUCUCCGUAGAUAUGCUUCGAGAAAAACGAGUCAACUUUUUCAUACAACUUUGCGUGAUAAAUAGUUAUUAGUGAUUCCUUUAUAACUUCUAUAUUUAUUUUGUCUUAUAGUUUUUGCAUCUUUUUAAUUCGUAAACAUUCAGUUUAUUUAUUAAAUAAUAUGUCAAGAUACAUUAUAUGCGUAUAUAUAUAUAGAACACUGAUAAAAAAACGAGGUAGCAAAUUUGAUAAUAGCUGAUAAAAAGUCGACCCGUUUUUGAGGUUCGUUGCUGUAUCUACGUAAUCUAAGUUUAUGUUAUAGGUGGUGGCUAUAGGUUAUCUUUAUUCUAUUCUUUAUAAUGUAGCAAAGAGAACGGGGUGCCAAUGACCUCUUUUCACCUGAAAGGUAAUAUUAAUAAUAAUAAAUAUUAUUUAGUAAAAAUUAUGUGAGAAUUUCCAUCUAUAUUUCUAGAUGUCGAUAAAAUUUCAGAAACGAUUGAGCGAAUAUGGUCUCAAUUGCAUCGAGGUCUUAUUUUAAAUUAAUAUGUUUUCUUUCGCAAUCUAAAAUGGACUUUAUUAUUUUAAUUUUUUAAGUUUAAGUUACAUUUGAAUGAUAAAGUUUAAAUUACUUUUUUCUAUUAGUAUAGUCAGUCUAUGGCCAUAUUUGAAUUCCUUCUGUUUUAAUUAGUUUACAACGUCAUCUAGUGGUAUUAAUAAUUUAAAUGAACAAUGAACUUGCUUUACAAUAUUUUCUAAGCCAAUCUAUGUAACAUAAUAUUCAAUGGAACGAGGACUUAAAAUAGGUACAAAAUUUCGAUUUAGGAGUCGUGUAACAAAAUAGGUUACACGAAUCCUAUUAUAAUUCCUUUCAUAUAUGUAUAGAGUUUAGUAGAUAUUAUGCUUUAGAGGCGUAAUAUUAACGCAGUAGUUAUUUCAUUGGCAUUGGCAAUAAUUUCAUUUAAUUUAAAAUCGGUCAUAAUACUGUUCACGUAAAGUGACUUUUUAAUUGUAAUUGUAUUACUAAAAUGAUAUACUCAAUAUUUAAUAAUAUUCCAAACCAAUAUUCCAUUUGUAGUUAUUUCACAGUCAGACAAUCGUUCACCCAUUGCUUUCAAUCUUUUAUGCAAAUCGUCUGUCCAAAAGGAAAACUGACUGACAGAUCAACAAACACGCAAGUUCCGCUAGUUCAGUAGUCUUUUCAAUAUUUACCCAAUUCAUCUUUCCAUGUUUUCUUUGAUCUAUUUUAAUACAGUUCAUUGUCAAUCUUAAGAUCUUAACCCUAAGGAAUGAAAUAUCUAGACAAAGGAUUAAAUUAAUUUUGUUUAAAAACCUUCGAUUUUUAAAUGUAUUUAAUCUCGUUUUCUUAAUAUAGAAUCACCCUCAAAUCUAAACAAUGUCACAAAGUGGAUCGGGGGUCUACUCAGAAAUAACAGAUCCGAGUAAUACUCCAUUUGUGUUGUGUGUGUGAGUUACACAGCUCUAAGGCUUACAAAACAUUACACCUUAAAUAUGGUAGAAAUAAAAAAAAAUUGUAAUGACAGACUGAAUCUUAUGAAGUUCAUAGUAGAAAAAUCGUAUAAAAAUGAUGUUGAUAAAUAUGAUCUUGAGUCAUUUAAAACUUCUAUAAAACCAGUCAAAGCUACAAACGGGUAUAUAAUAAAAGUACAGCAAAUAAAUUAGACAGUCGCGUGGUAAUUUGCCAAUAGAUCAGUUUAAUUUAAACAAAAAUGUUGAAUUUGUCAUUUCAUACUAAACAUCCAAGGUCUGACAAGGACAAAUAUAUUUCCGCAGAAUACUAAACAAGGAAUGCAAGAAUUAAACGUCUACAUAGAUAACAAUUUAUUUGUUACAAAGCGCACACAAAUACUAAAAACAUUAAUAUAUAUAUAUAAGCCACUAUAGAAUGUAAGCGUGUGCAUGAGUAUUUCUGCUGUUUUAGUAAAGACGUUUAACUGUGAGUAUUAUUAUUAUUAUGGGUCUUAAAGAGGAAAGUAAUUACUUAAUUGUAUAAAAGAUUACCUCAUAUUACAUUAACAACACCAGAAGUGUUUAAAAAAGUAUUAUAACCUCUUCUCAUUGCUAUCUAUGAAUGAAAUAAAGAUGUUGAAUUUUAAUUAUCUGGAGUCUGGGCUCAGUCAAUGUACAGUAUGUAUAAAAAAAAAGCAAAUCCAAAACGUAUGUCAAUAUAACUCAUAUUUUCUUAAAAUUGCUAUUAUUUUGUUGGCACAAAAUGGUUUCUUAAACCCUGAUACAAUAAUUUUCAAGCUACGUUAACUAGGUUAUGAAUAUUACACCUACUAUAAAAAGCAUAAUUUACAAUUAUAAUUAGAAAUAUUCCUUUGUCUAUCUGUAAACAAUUAUGAUUAUCAUAGUAUAUAUAUCUUGUGUGAAUCUAACAGUAUUUUUAAGCGACUUAGAAUAGCAAAUAAGCUGGCGACCCUGAUUAAAAAUGGUAACCGUCGUCUAUAGAUAGACAUGAACAGUACCAUUUAAUACAAUUGAAACAAAGUCAAAUAUUGAUAACUGUUGAAAACAUGAGAUUUCACAAUUGUGCUUUUUAAUUUAGCUUUUAUGUCUUAUACAAUUUAUUUACUUUAAUGUUCAUUUCUUGUACUUGUAAAGGUAAAAUUUGAGCAAUAAUUAAUGUAUUAUAAAGAAAUUCGUUACAACCAAAAAAAAAAACUUUUAACGUUAGACUUAAGAACAUAUGUCAUUUAACACAAUAUAACACAUAAAAAAUAACAUUUUUGUAUCAAUUAAUCACACUAAUUUUAAUAUUCUUUUUGCCUCAUAUAAUUUAUUUACCUUAAAUGUUCAUUUCUUGUACUUGUAAAGGUAAAAUUUGAGCAAUAAUUUACGUAUUAUAUAGAUAUUAAUUACAACUUAAAAAAAAAACAUUUUACUUUAAAAUUUGUCUUUAGAACAUGUGCAUAUACAUUUAACACAAUAUGUAAAAAAUUACAUUUUUGCACCAAUGAAUUACACUAUUUAUUUAAAUUGUUCUAUAUUUCAAAUAAUUCUCAUGUUAUUUUAAAUUUUAAGACAUACUGUACGGUGACUGUGACCAUAAAAUAACCAUCUUUAAAGUGUGACUGUUUGAGAUACUUCAAACUUCAUUUUGACACUGGGUUUUCUAUAUUAUUUUUCUUGAAAGGUGAAACAGUCUUAGGAAUUGGCAUGAACGAAUGAGAUGAAUAAUGAGAGUGUAUAAAAUAAAAGAUUUGUAAAGGAUAAAGACAUUGUGUGUUUCCGUCUAUCUACUUCGUAUGGGACCUGGAAUAUAAAUAAUCGAUCAAAGGUGUACUCAGUGCUGACAAAGGUAUAAAAGAUUCCAUAUAUUUUAUAUCUUGCAGUUAUAUAAUAAUGUAAUUAUUUGAGGUCAACGAUUCCUUUAGCAGAUUCUAAAUACUGAAAUAUUUGUAGCGGUCUAAAUAUUUUUACUUUUAGUUAUUAAAAUAUUUUUGUACUUAUCAAAAUAUGACUUGUACAAAUUCUUCCUUUAGUAAAUUUCUUGUAAGUUUAAAUUAAUGAUAAAUGUAUGACAUAAGUGAAUAAUUGUAUUAUACAUAUUAUAUCAAUAGUAAAUUAUUUUCAAUAUAUUUUGUUUGUAUAAGAUGUUGUUGCUGUGAUUGUUGGCGCUUGAUGGAGUUUUAAUUUCGUUUUUAUAAAUGAGAGCCCUUGUACUCUUCCAUUGGUUUACAUAUUUUUUUUUUUCUUAAAUGUAAAAUUUUAUGACCAAACCUGGUUGCCAUGCUAUGAGGUUAUGAAAUGGAUAAAAAUUAUAGUAUAGGUCUAUUAUCGAAAUAGACUCGGGCAUUUUAAAACAGGAUGUCGCACUUAUCAGCUGUUAUAGAACUAAAAAUGAUACAAAUGCAAUAAUAUAUAAAUAACACAAAAACCACAAUUUAUGUAUUAUUAUUUGGAUAAAAGGACGUUAUGCUAUUCAAACACUAUACUAUUUAUUAAUUUUUAUAACUGACUUAAAUAUUAAACUAAAUCUAUACAAAAAGGGCUUACGUAAUAAUUUGAAUAAAUUUAUUUGACUUUGAGAAUUUUUGUUUUUGUAAAUUUAUUAUGCAUUUGACAUUCUUUUAGAAGGGAUAACUUUAGAACAAAUUAAGUAGUAGAAAUAUAUAAAUCACCACAGAUCCACCAUGAGAUGUUUAUCAUAGCCUAAGAUCAAUAUAUAUAGGGUCGCCUGUAAAAAAGUACUGCAAGGAAGAGUUGUCUCCUGACAAUUCAAAGAUUCUCUUAAUUCAAGGUAGGCAACUGGGAUGUAUUAAUGCAGUGUCGGGUGUGGUGUAUUAUAUUUUAGCCCGUCUUUCAUUUGUAUCAAUUGUCAUUAAAAAGUUUUAUACCUGCAGAAAUCAGCAGCUGGAUCUUAGACUAUCUGUUCCAGUUCUAUCUACUUGAAAUUAUAAUGAUUAAAUACUCAUGUUUAGUAGAUACACUUAAGAAUUUUAUUAAAAAAAACCAUGUUGGUGUAUCCAUAAUUGGUACAUGCACCUUAUUUAUAUUUAUAUUACAACAUUGUUCUGAAUUAUUGUAAAAAAUUAAUUUAUUUUAUAUGAACAAAUAUGUAAUUGGAUAAGUAGAUACUGUUUAGAAAUCAAUAUUAGAGAUAAUUAGCUAGGAGACUAUGUGAUGGAUUUUUAGGUUUUUAUUUCUAUAAUUUGUGUAAAUACUUGCAUAAUUUUACAAUACAAGAAUAUACAAAUAUGAAAAUA